AUGGAGCCAGCCAAGAUGGAUGGGAGCAUUCAAGUGGUGGAAAAGUACUGGGAAAUGGAGAUGUACUGCUUCAGUUCUCAGGCUGAGAGCUGCCUGCACCUGCUGAUAGUCACCCAGCCUCAAGGACGAGCUAUUGAUAGUGCAACCCUAAGUAACAGUACAGAUAAAAAUUAUAAGGCCUACUGUACAUCUUACUGUAGAAGUGACCAGGCCUACUGUACAUCUCACUGUAGAAAUGACCAGGCCUACUGUACAUCUCACUGUAGAAAUGACCAGGCCUACUGUACAUCUCACUGUAGAAAUGACCAGGCCUACUGUACAUCUUACUGUAGAAAUGACCAGGCCUACUGUACAUCUCACUGUAGAAAUGACCAGGCCUACUGUACAUCUCACUGUAGAAAUGACCAGGCCUACUGUACAUCUUACUGUAGAAAUGACCAGGCCUACUGUACAUCUCACUGUAGAAAUGACCAGGCCUACUGUACAUCUCACUGUAGAAAUGACCAGGCCUACUGUACAUCUUACUGUAGAAAUGACCAGGCCUACUGUACAUCUCACUGUAGAAAUGACCAGGCCUACUGUACAUCUCACUGUAGAAAUGACCAGGCCUACUGUACAUCUCACUGUAGAAAUGACCAGGCCUACUGUACAUCUUACUGUAGAAAUGACCAGGCCUACUGUACAUCUCACUGUAGAAAUGACCAGGCCUACUGUACAUCUCACUGUAGAAAUGACCAGGCCUACUGUACAUCUCACUGUAGAAAUGACCAGGCCUACUGUACAUCUUACUGUAGAAAUGACCAGGCCUACUGUACAUCUCACUGUAGAAAUGACCAGGCCUACUGUACAUCUCACUGUAGAAAUGACCAGGCCUACUGUACAUCUCACUGUAGAAAUGACCAGGCCUACUGUACAUCUUACUGUAGAAAUGACCAGGCCUACUGUACAUCUCACUGUAGAAAUGACCAGGCCUACUGUACAUCUUACUGUAGAAAUGACCAGGCCUACUGUACAUCUCACUGUAGAAAUGACCAGGCCUACUGUACAUCUCACUGUAGAAAUGACCAGGCCUACUGUACAUCUCACUGUAGAAAUGACCAGGCCUACUGUACAUCUUACUGUAGAAAUGACCAGGCCUACUGUACAUCUUACUGUAGAAAUGACCAGGCCUACUUUACAUCUCACUGUAGAAAUGACCAGGCCUACUGUACAUCUCACUGUAGAAAUGACCAGGCCUACUGUACAUCUCACUGUAGAAAUGACCAGGCCUACUGUACAUCUUACUGUAGAAAUGACCAGGCCUACUGUACAUCUCACUGUAGAAAUUACCAGGCCUACUGUACAUCUUACUGUAGAAAUGUCCAGGCCUACUUUACAUCUCACUGUAGAAAUGACCAGGCCUACUGUACAUCUCACUGUAGAAAUUACCAGGCCUACUGUACAUCUCACUGUAUAAAUGACCAGGCCUACUGUACAUCUCACUGUAGAAAUGACCAGGCCUACUGUACAUCUCACUGUAGAAAUGACCAGGCCUACUGUACAUCUCACUGUAGAAAUGACCAGGCCUACUGUACAUCUUACUGUAGAAAUGACCAGGCCUACUGUACAUCUCACUGUAGAAAUGACCAGGCCUACUGUACAUCUCACUGUAGAAAUGACCAGGCCUACUGUACAUCUUACUGUAGAAAUGACCAGGCCUACUGUACAUCUCACUGUAGAAAUGACCAGGCCUACUGUACAUCUCACUGUAGAAAUGACCAGGCCUACUGUACAUCUCACUGUAUAAAUGACCAGGCCUACUGUACAUCUCACUGUAGAAAUGACCAGGCCUACUGUACAUCUCACUGUAGAAAUGACCAGGCCUACUGUACAUCUCACUGUAGAAAUGACCAGGCCUACUGUACAUCUCACUGUAGAAAUGACCAGGCCUACUGUACAUCUUACUGUAGAAAUGACCAGGCCUACUGUACAUCUUACUGUAGAAAUGACCAGGCCUACUGUACAUCUCACUGUAGAAAUGACCAGGCCUACUGUACAUCUCACUGUAGAAAUGACCAGGCCUACUGUACAUCUUACUGUAGAAAUGACCAGGCCUACUGUACAUCUUACUGUAGAAAUGACCAGGCCUACUGUACAUCUCACUGUAGAAAUGACCAGGCCUACUGUACAUCUCACGGUAUAAAUGAUGGGUGAAAGCAAGUCUAGGUUGGAGCGGUUGCUGUUACAUGUAAUAAUUUUUAUUUUGAACUGGAAUAAACUGAAGCAAGAUGCUUUUUGAGGAAAUAACUCUCACAGUUCUGGGUUGAUCAUCUACAACAGGAAGUGGUCUCCUGCCUGACUCUCACAGCUCUGGGUUGAUCAUCUACAACAGGAAGUGGUCUCCUGCCUGACUCUCACAGCUCUGGGUUGUUCAUCUACAACAGGAAGUGGUCUCCUGCCUGACUCUCACAGGUCUGGGUUGUUCAUCUACAACAGGAAGUGGUCUCCUGCCUGACUCUCACAGCUCUGGGUUGUUCAUCUACAACAGGAAGUGGUCUCCUGCCUGACUCUCACAGCUCUGGGUUGUUCAUCUACAACAGGAAGUGGUCUCCUGCCUGACUCUCACAGGUCUGGGUUGUUCAUCUACAACAGGAAGUGGUCUCCUGACUGAGAAAGCAGUAGAUGUUCUGAUCCAGUUUGGCACCACAUACCUAUGCAAGUCAGGGUUCUGAAGUUCAGAAACAGUUUCAAUGCUGACCUCCGUGUUGCACUGUCUAAAGCAGAGGCCAGAAUAGACCUGCUUGUUUAAAACAUCAACCAGCCAC